UUAAAUUAAACUAAAUUCGGUAGUGAAGAAAAACCAGAUACUCCUCCAUCCUUUUUCCAACAACAACAAAAUCCUCCUCAACUUCAAUUCAAUUCAACUCUCUAAAACAAACAUGAACAGAAACCCUAUUUUCCAGGUUAGGAAAAGGAAGUGGAAAACCGUCUUGUUUUUGCUCCGGAAGCGAAAACGAAGGAUUCUGAUAAACCCUUCUUCCUUUUCUUUCAAUGAUGACGAUUUUGCUAAACAACAACAACAACAAGAGCCUAAAUUUGUUGAAAAUGAUGGUGAUUUUUAUGAUAGUUUUGAUGGUGAUAAUGAUGAUAGAGAUUAUGUUGAAAAUCACGAGGAAGAAAAUGCUAUUUUUAGUGAUUCAGGAGGAUUAGAUGAGAAUGAGGAGGACGUAGGAGAUGGAGAGAAAGCGGAAGUGGAUAUCGAUAAGUCUGCGGUGGCGUCGUUAGUUGUCGUUUCAAAGGAUAGGGAAAAGGAUGGGGGAGAAACGCCUCCUGAUGAUGAUUGCUGUCCUAUUUGUUUCGAGAAUUUCAACGUUGCUUCUAAAACUAAUUGUGGGCAUUGGUUUUGUGCAAAUUGUAUAUUACAAUACUGGACCUAUAGAACUGUUCUUCAAAAAUGCAACUGCCCAAUUUGUGCACGUCCAAUUAGUAAGUUGAUGCCAGAGGCAUCUUUAUUCAUUAUGCAGGAAGCUGAAGUUGUUGAGGUCCUAAAGAACGUGCAGAGGUAUAACCGCCUUUUCCAGGGUGGUAUAAAUGGUGUCAUACGGAAAGUUUUCGAGGUUCCAAAUGUAUUCAAAAGCAUGUUAUGUGGUCUGAUGGAUCCAGAUAGAUUUAGGGGAAACUACUAUGCUAUGCGUUCCUUGGCCUUGAUGAUGAGUUGCAUUUAUAACGUGAGUUCUUUUGACUUCAUUCCAACAGGCACUUUGGGGGUGAGGCGGUUGUUUGAUCUUUGUGCUAUAGCACUAGUGGUAAUUCUGUGUUUGGUUGGCAUCUUCCACAGAUUGGUACUCAGACGACGUGUCAGGCGAUUGGCAGCUAACCAAUUAUGAGAUACGUUGUUAAAAUAGUUUUCAAGAUUCGCCAAUUAAGGAAGGUUAUGUUAUGCCUCCCCCUUUCCACUGUAUACUGUAUAUGAAAAGUACUUGAUGCCCUAGUAGGAUAAAACACAUGAUGAUGACUCACCCAUGAGAUUGGCUUUGCAUACAAGUUGGAUUCUACUGAUAUCUCUGUUGUAGUUGCUAGUUAAAUGGUUAGAUUGAUGUACAUAGGUUAUGUGGUUGACAAUAUAACAUAUUAUAUGUUUGCUUCUUGUCAGUUGUCACCACCCUUUUUAUAACACAAUAUCCCGUCUAUUAUUGUCCCCCUUUGUGUAAUUUCUUGUGUUAUAUUCACAACCAUUAAUUGUAUGUGGUCCAGACAAUGAACAAAAGAUGAGCUUCCCAUAAUCGUAUUAUAAUUGCUUUACAUGGUC